AUGGCCUGCUGUACCACUAGCUUCUGUGGAUUUCCCAGCUGCUCCUGUUGUGGGAACUGUGGCUCCAGCUGCUGCCAGCCAAGCUGCUGCCAACCAAGCUGCUGCCAGCCGAGCUGCUGCCAGACCAGCUGCUGCCAGCCAAGCUGCUGCCAGACCAGCUGCUGCCAGCCGAGCUGCUGCCAGCCGAGCUGCUGCCAGCCAAGCUGCUGUGGAACCAGCUGCUGCCAGCCAAGCUGCUGUGGAACCAGCUGUGGCACUGGUGGUGGCAUUGGCUGUGGCCAGGAAGGUGGCUGUGGAGCUGUGAGCUGCCGUGUCAGGUGGUGCCGUCCAGACUGCCGCGUGGAGGACACCUGCCUGCCCCCUUGCUGCGUGGUGAGCUGCACACCCCCAACCUGCUGCCAGCUGCACCAUGCCCAGGCCUCCUGCUGCCGCCCAUCCUACUGUGGACAGUCCUGCUGCCGCCCACUCUGCUGCUGCUACUGCUGCCCACCCACGGGCUGUGAGUCUACCUGCUGCCAGCCUACCUGUUAA